UUAGACAGACAAGUUCGCGUUCCAGCGAGAAUUGCUCGACUCGUUCAUGGCGACUCGCUAAAUGAACCAAAUCCUUCACCUAAAUCUCUUAUUAAGAAACGAUUGAAAGCAAACCUCUGAAUCAAGUCUUCCAAAUUAGUCCUUCGAACAAGUAAAGCUCAAACUCCGCCAAUUUCAAAGUUGAAGAUAAGCUUUCAUGGCAAGAAUAAAACCUCAGGCUUUGUUAAUUCAAAGCAAAAUGCAGAAAAGGUCAACUCGGAUCGGUUUUGUUACGAUUCUCUUUAGCAGCUUGCUCGUUCUAUUGAUGUUAUCGUCUUUGAUUGCUACUUCCAGGCAUUGGUCUCAAAGGUCGAGGGAUCAAAUAGGAACUGGAUUGUCAAAUUUUGAGCACGUUGAUGAGAUUGCAGAUUCAAAGAAGUAUGAUCUGCCUGGUUAUGCUGUUCUAAACACAUCAAAAGGCUAUAUAACUAUAGAACUCUUCAAAGAUGGCUCUCCUGAGACUGUCGACAAAUUUCUUGACUUGUGUCAAAAGGGGCAUUUCAAGGGCAUGCCUUUCCACCACGUGAUUAAAAACUAUGUGAUUCUAGGAGGACAUUCACAAGAUCUUGGAGGCAUUGAAGAUUGGACAUCAAAAAGAAAGCUUCACAGGCGCCUCCCCAUAAGUCCAAAACAUGAAGCUUUUAUGGUUGGAACCACAAAGAUUAAAGAUGGCAAAACAUUUCAGCUUUUUAUCACAACUACACCAAUAGCGGAUUUAAACGAGAAACUAACUGUGUUCGGACGAGUCUGUGAUGAUCUAGGCUAUGAACCGUGGGCUAAACCUUCUCCAUUUGGGUUGACUGGGCUGUUGAUCCUUUUCUGGCCUGCUCCCCCAUUGCUUGAACUGGUCACGUGCGGCUUCACUUCAUCAGGUAACAUCCGUGGCCCUUCAAUUGCCAUAAUCCCUAAUUCCCCAAUCUCAUUUUCCUCUCGCCUUUCAAUCCCUAAUUCCCCUUUUUCAUUUCUCCUUCGCAUCUCACUCCUUACUUCACCGUUUUCCUCUUCGUUUCCCUGUUCUUCUUGUCCAACUGUGACAAUACCCGCCGCUGGAGAAGAUCCUUGUCCCCAAGGAUCAAAACUCGGAAAUUGGCCUCGGAGCACAGAAUAAUCCUCCCAUGUGUCGUUCGUAGCAUCCAGGAGGAUCUGUUGAAGACGAUACGGUUGCCCCAAUAUGUUUCUUCAAUAAACUAACAUGAAAAACCGGAUGGAGACGGGAAGUCUCAGGGCAAGAGAGGUCUGUCUGUAGGGCUGUAAUUUCAGGCUAUGAACCGUGGGCUAAACCUUCUCCAUUUGGGUUGACUGGGCUGUUGAUCCUUUUCUGGCCUGCUCCCCCAUUGCUUGAACUGGUCACGUGCGGCUUCACUUCAUCAGAGUCAUCAAGGGAGAAGAUGUGGUUCAGGAAAUUGAAGAGGUUGAUACCGAUAGACAUUACAGGCCUACAUCUCCUGAAGGAAUUACCAAUGUGACACUACAACAAGAAAUUUGAGUGUUUUCUUUUAACUACUGUAAGGAUUUGUUUAUGUUCAUUAUUUUGUAUAUUCGUCU